AUGGCAAAUGGUGAGUUAUUUUGGUCAGCAAAAUACUGAUCAAUGCAUACUUGUUUAAUCAUCGCGGCACAAUUUAAAUUUUUAUUUUUUAGGAGACAGCGCUUAUGGAGGACGGUUUUUAUUUGAGGACGGCGCUCUUUAUUAAUUGCUUUAAUUUACCCUAUAGAUAUUGACGAAUGUGGAGGAAAUCAAACGGUUUGCGACCAAAUAUGUACGAAUACAGUGAGUUCCUACUUUUGUGGAUGUCACGAUGGCUUUUCUUUAGAUUCAGAUGAAAGAACUUGCAGUGGUAGGUUUAUAGUAAACAACGUAACUGAGUAAAUUGGUCACAAAUAGCUUAGUACACCAAUAUAAUAGAACUGAUAUUUAGAUUAAAAAAAAUAUUUAAAUUGAAAAAAGGAUUGACCCAUCUAGCUGAAUAAGAGACAGUCAUCAGCCUCGUUGACACAUUCUCACACUAAUUUGACGGACAUUAAUUUGUAUGGAAUAAAGUGUCUAGCUACUGCGAACACUUCAAAGAUGAUGUCCACUCCUGUGCGCAUGCGCGAACUUUGUUUGCGUUUUGAACUGCUAUAUUUGUAAAAUAUGAUAUAUUAUAACUGAAAAUCUAACACUUCUCUGUUUCGCUAUGCUUUUCAAUGGAAAUAAACUCUACGUUUCAAUUCAAUUCAAAAAAGUUCGAAAGAUGCAAAAUUUGGACAAUGUUUAUAUCUGUGGGUCCCCCUUUCAGUAUGAACAGAACUGAUGCGUAGAACGGAGUGGAAAUCAGCAUUAAUCCCCCCCCCCCCAAACACUAUACACUUAAUGUCUGCUCCCGAGGGAAAUAGUUUGUUUCGUUUUCCCAAGACGAAACAAAAAUCAACAUUCAACAACAUUCAUACAACAAUUCUAUUUUGUGACAAUAACUCUAUAGUGUAAACGAGUUUAAUUAAAAUUAAAAGAACCUACUUAAACGGUCUCAACAGCAUAUCCUGUUGCCUGUUGUGUAUUUUUCUUCUCUUUUACAUUCUUUAUUUGAACACUAACUUGGAAAAUCGUAGUUUCUAAUUAUGCGAGUGGUGCCGCUAUUUUGUCUAUUCAUGUACGUAGAUGGUCGGGGCGGGCAACAAUUUUUCACUUGUUGCCCGGCGGGAUACACUGCAUUUUUCUAAAAUCACGUGACCACGAAUCAGCCAAUCACGUCUGGUGUUCACCCUAGCUAUAUAACAAAUAAAUUAAUGUUUAAGGUAAUUCGAUUUUCAAAAGGUAAUUCAAGUUUUCAAAAACUUAACUGUCGAUAUAACGGUACGUCCGAUCCGUUCUAUAAGCAUCGUGUUUUUAAGUUUUAUGCAGCAGAUAUCCGGUUUUUCAUCUAUUUAAUAUUUAUUCUUUCCAGUUGCGUUAGUUUUGGUAUCGCAUUGCAUGCAUAUAUUUUAUUUUUAUAUUUUAUUUUUGAUAUAGCUGUUGACAGACUUUUGCGGAACCAUGCAUGCAGCGUGCAAAAUGUAUACAUGACCAUGCUUUCAUAAUUAGUAACAACUAAACAUAUGUCAUCUGCUAUGCAAUUAAUAUCUUGUAUACUUUUUAAACCUAUAUAUAGAUAUUGACGAGUGCUCGCAACCGAACAACUGUAGUCAGCUGUGCAAUAACACAAUCGGCUCAUAUGAAUGUUACUGCAGGAUUGGAUUUUUAAUCAGCUCUGAUAACCCCACAAGCUGCACAGGUAAAAUAUUCAAAACAUUUCGUAUUCUGCUUUAUUAUCUGACACGAUUAUUAUACAUGUGCUGUGGCAGAAAUAUCAGGUGGCGAAGCCAAAUUCUGACAAUUCGAUGUUAAGGUAAUUCCGCAGUAAUUGUUCCCGAAAUGAGAAUGUGCUGACACUUCCCAGGCUUGUAGUUAAUGAUAUACCUAAAGUAAAAUCACAGAAAAAAGUCGGGGUCACCGAACUCGUUAAGAUGAUAUGACAAUCACAAUAUACCACCUUUACCCCAAUAUGGCACCAUCUUGACGUUCUUUACAAGUAACAACAAAAUCACAACAGCCCAAUAUUUAUUGAUACUUUUUGCGCGGAUUUUGCUUUUGUAAAGUUAUCUUGUAAUUAUUUUUUGAAAAAUAUUGUGUUUUGAGCAAAAUGAAACUACUAACUUGUACAAAUUCUGAUCUAUAAAUGUCUUUUCCACAUUUCUUUACAUAUCUUUCUUGGAGAACAUGCAUUGAUAAAGGAUUUUUUUUCAAGAUCCAGAAAUGAUUUUUCUUUUAAUUUCGGAUGUGAAAUGUAACAUGCAUUAAAGAAAUAAAUUAUAAGUUAAAAAACGGGGGUCACCGAUCUUUUUAGGGAAUGCAAGUAAAUAAAUAUACUACAGACACACGGAACCCUAGCUACACUUUUGUAUGCCUUUUUUGAAAACAUUGAUUUUAACUUAAUUCUUUGCACGAAUGUAACCAAAGAUGUUUUGAAGUAACAUAAAAUUGUCAUAAAAUGAUUUUUUUAAACGGUAUACGUAUAAUAGGUGAAAUUAUAAGUUAUACGAUGUGCGCAGUAAAAGUGCGCGAUGCAAAACUGCGGAAUUACCUUAAACCAACUGCAUUCCCGCACAAAAUUGAAGAUUCUCUCUGACUUUUUUAAGACAAAAUUUCUGACAAAUAUUCAGCUUUACGUACUGGCAAAUGAUGAUUUGCCAAAAAUAUUUAUGUAAUAUUUAAAAUACGAGCAGAAGUGUUUUAUAAGAUAUAAAACACGCGAGCGAAGCUCGAGUGUUUUAUAAGUGAUAAAUUAAAGCACGCACUGCGAGUGUUUUUUAAAAAUGGCUUAAUAUAUAUGACUAAAUGUCAAGCUCACUGGCGAAGAAACUUCCAAAAUAAACGUCGUCGAAGGUAUGAAAAUCAAAGCAAAAGUUUAUGUAAAUGAACAGAACUUUUUAUCACAUACGAAACCACCGACACAGCAGUGAUUUCCCUUGUCGUCUCCUCAUAAAUUACUAAUGCGUUUUUAAUACUUGUUUUUCAAAAAUCGGGAAAUAACUAUAAGUCACUUUGUUUUCAGCAAAAGUCCAGUGCGACGCCAAUAAUGACUGUGAUCAGAUAUGUUACAUUGAUCCUCUUCAAGCCGGACAAGAAAAAUGUGAUUGCAAUCUUGGAUAUAGUCUUCGAGAAUCAGAUAUGAAGUCGUGCGACGGUUAGUCAGUGGUGUAGUCCUCAAAUAUUAACAAGGGAGCUCUCCAAAAGUGUCGUCAAUUGGCGGGAAGGGGCGGGGGAUACAAUAUGAUAUUUUGGAAAUUCUAAAUUUUGUUGGGGUUUAUUCCAGUGAAUUGUGGGCCAAACAUUCGACAUUAUUCUUAUUAAAAACAAUUGCCAUUAGUAAUAUAAAAUAUUUUGAGCGUCCCAAAAGCGUAAGGAAUUCAAGAUUAGUGUACUACUUUUUGAAGAUAUAAAGCCGGUGGUGUACCUUCAAGCGAAAAAUACAUUCAGUGGUAUGAUUGGUUAGCGAAAAAAAUUGCCAUGAAAAAUAGGACGCGGUGAAUUUCCCUUCACUCCAAGCAAUUUCGCGCAGUGGGAAAGCGGGGUUCAGAAAAUAUGAAAAUUUCUGGCUGGGACUGUGACUUUGAUUUCUGGUCUAAAUUUCCCACACUGCUAACAGCCUAAUAUUUAUAAACUGUAACAUAUAUUUUGAAAUAUCUUCGGGAAAGCUCUUUAGUAGCAGCUGUAUUAUGUAUAUAAAAUCAACAAAACUGAAGUGAUAAUGCUAAGGAUAACAGUUCCGUAGGAAGCUCUUUUUGAUUGGGGAGAGAGCUGAAAGCGAGGGCCAAAGGCCCAAGGAAAUUUUUAAAUUUAGAGUUUCUGAAAUGCUAUUUCAAUUCCUGGACUUUGGGAAUAUUUGACAGAAUUCUGAUGGUCAGAAAACAGCGUUUUAGUAUGUCGAGAUUUACAAUUUAGUUGUACUAAAUGGUCGAAGGCGUAUUAACUAUAUAUUGAACAAGUUGCAAGAAAGUAUGGGUAACAUCAUCGUUCUUUGCAGUUUGUCAUUGAUAAUGUAGCCACUUAAAAUUAAUCAAUGUCAGUGUUUUAAAGGUAUAUUAUUUAAAUGAUAGAGGUCUGCAUGAUUUUGAAAAAAGAAUGAUUAUUAGCAAAUUAUUGGGGGGGGGCUGUAGCCCCUCUCCCCAGUUGUUACGGCCCUGGAUAGAGUGUAAAUCGGACAAAACGUUGUUAAGAUUAUGCAACAUGGAAAAAUAUAGGCGGGGGCUCAGUCCCCCAAGUCAACAUGAAAUUUUAACAAGGGGGGAUCAGCCCCCUGAGCCCCCCUCCACUACACCCCUGCGGUUAAUUAGUUCGUUGUAUUACCACGUUAUUAACCGUAUUAUAAUGUUGAAGUCCAGUUAAGGGUUGAAGCCUAUGUAGUAUGUUAUCAUUUAAUUUCUAUUUUUUAAUUAUUUUAAUAAUUUUAAUAUUUUUAAUACUUUUAAUUUAUAUUUUUAUUAUUUUUUAGGUUUUUUUGUUAAUUUGUUGUUUCGUAUUAUUUUAAUUUUUUUUAUUUAGCCUUUGCCUGUAUAAUUAAUAUCAGGUUUUAGGCGACUGGAUAUAUAAUUGGAUACAUGGUUCAGAAUAUGUACAGUACGUUCACGGAAUAAUGUUCAAUUAUUAUCUUUCGCUUCUUAGACAUAAAUGAGUGUCAAAGUACACAAGACAAUCUCUGUGAUCAAACAUGUACUAACACAGCAGGCAGUUACACUUGUUCAUGUUUGGCAGGAUAUUCAUUCACAAGUCCAGCUACUUGUACAGGUUUGUACUCAAUAUUAUUCCUUCAUAUAAACCACAAUAACUGAAACGGACAUGUAAAACAAAAAUCGUGUUAUUCAAAUAAUAGAAAAGAGUUUCACAAUGAAAGUUUAACUUCAUUUUGCUAUUACUUCUUUACAUUUUCAUAUUUGGGCCGAGUUUUGCGAUAAUUGACUAUAGGCAAAGGUAAUUUUGCCAAACGCCAGUUGCAACGCAACAAAAACAUUGAAGUCACUUGAGUAAUUUUAACAAAAAUAUCUGAAGACUCAACAACCCAGCAUAUGCAUGUUUGUUUGUCUAAAUUUGCAUUUGAAGUAAACCUCAUGCAACUUAUAUCGGAACAUUUGAAAGAAAAAUAAUAUCGAAAACUAUACAUGUUAAAUCAAUUUACGAUUAAUUACAAUGAGGUAACAUCAUAAUCGUCGCGUUUUCUAUUUCCAAUGUAACCUUAUAAUUAUUAUCUGAACUUCCAAUCACCAAUAUGGAGCCAGUUGUGCAUGCAAAGGCUAGAUAACGGCUAUCCUCAGGAUAGCAAUUUUUUCAACCGUCGUAAAAAUGCUUGUGUCUGUUAUUCCCACUCUCAGAAAGCCAUUGUAUAUAAUAAUAUUAAAUAUUUUUGUUUUAUACCUUCAGAUAUAAAUGAGUGCCUUACUGGUGACUUUGUCUGUAAUGGAAUAGGAGAGGAAUGUGAAAACAUUCGUGGAAGUUACAGAUGUGCAUGUUCUAAGAGAUUGAACAUGGUUAGAGUUAAUGGAACGUGUGUUUGUAAGUACAGUAAAAAAACUAACAGCAGGACAUGUCUGUGUUUUUCAAGAUUUUUGGGGUGAAAGCGGAAUAUUGAGUACUGAGUUAUGAAUUAGUUAAAAAAAGAACAUUUGUGGUAAGAGUAUGAAUAUUUGAGGUAAGAAUGUGAAUAUUUCGGGUGGGAACAUAUAAAUAUCCGUGCAGAGAACACCGCAAAAAAUGAGUACUUUGGCUUAAAAACUUGAGUAAAAUAAAUAAUCAUGACUCAAAAUGAGUAAAAAGACUCAAAUUGAUGUUGUAAACUCACUCACAAUCAAAAGAUGGAGUAAAUUUGCUCAUGUGCUUGAGUAAUGAUAGUCAAAUUAUUAAUCACUGUUAUUUUACUCAUAUUUGUGUUGUGUUUAUGAAUUUAAUUAAUAAUAAUUUGCAGCAAGUAUUGACUAAUGCAGGAAGAAAUAUAUAGAUAUUGAAUGUUCAAGCUAGUAAAAAUAUUCCGCUUCCAUGCACGCCCAAAGUAUGCAACCAGUAUGUCCGAUAUGUGGACUGGACUAGAUUUCCGACUAUGUGGACUGGACUAGAUUUCAAGUAAGUCCGUGCAAUUUGAUCAAGUCUGAGGCGAAGCUAAGUCUAGUCCAAUCUAGUCCAAUCGGAAUGGACCUUUCCCCUUAUAACUAAAAUUUCGAUCUAGACAAAAAUUUCAUCACAGCUUGAAAGAGCAUCACAAAAUUAGUAAUAUUCCAAAGUUUUGUUGCAAAAUCUUGUAAAAUGCGGAUAAUAUAGCCUUGCGAAGUUUGCCGUUUUUCAGUCAUUUUGUAUUACAAACGGGAAAUUGACAUACGAUUCGGGUGUUGGGGCUGCAAUUUCCCGUUUGUAAUGCAAAAUGACUGAAAAUUGCGAACUUCGCAAGGCUCUAUUUUCCUCAUUUUACAACAUUUCGCAACGAAACUUUGGAAUAUUACUAAUUUUGUGAUGCUCUUUCAAACUAUGAUGAAAUAUUUGUCUAGACUUGCCUAGAUCAAAAUUUUGGUUAUAAGGGGAAAGGUCUAUUGGAGGAUUUGAAAUGACAUCCCAUACGAAUAAAUCACGGCUACUUAAAUUGAGGAGAAUUAACUUUGAACCAGUCCAACGACUGAAUUAAUUUUUAACUUCACCAGGUAUCGAGUAUUAUCAAUUUGCAUGUGAGCAAAAUAAAGCAAUUUGGUUGGCUAAUUUGCUCGUGAAUUAUUAACGAUUUGAGAUUGUUAGUUACGAACUAAAAGAGAAAUUCUUUCUCAUUUUUAGUUAAGGAAGACGACAGUAUUGUGGCAGACUUAGCUCCAGCACCACCAAGUGCUACUGUAGAACAAACAAAUAAUUCCGUUCAAAUAACGUUGGCCAACUUCCAGGAAGUAAAUGUGAGUUUAUAAACGUAUAUGUAUUUCUGCCAAUCAGCCUGAUACAAGAGUCUAUUAUUAUAUUGGUCUGAGGAUAUAGUCAUUAGAAAAAGGUCUGAGGAUAUAGUCAUAAAGAAAUUUAUUAAACAACCAUCUCUAAAGCUUCAUCUCUUUCAACGGAAAAACGAAUUUAGGCCUAUCUAUAUCUUUUCCCUAUCCUAUUUCAUAUUACCAAUGUUUUCAUUUUGCCAUUCACAUAUUAAAAGUGCUUGUUCAUCAAAACCAAAUGGUAAUAGCACAAAAGUACUACCUAAUUUACUGUGUUUGAAUAAGAUUUUUAAUUAUUAAGCCUAAAUCUAAACCUGUCUUAAUUGCAUCUGCAUUUUGGCCACCGAAUUCGCAAAUUGAUUCCUUGAUAAAAUUGAAGUAUUAUUUCAAAACCUUGACAACGAACAUAAAGAACUAAUUAUCGUUGGCGAUUUAAAUUGUGAUUUUUUAUCCAAGAAUUUAAGCAAUCACACUAAACUCCUUAAUGAUAUAGUUAAUAUAUUCCAGCUGACACAGUUGAUUGACCAGCCUACACGAAUUACCGAAAAAACAGCUUCUCUUUUGGAUGUCGCUCUUGUAAACAAUCCUGAAAAGAUUUCGCACUCAGGAGUAUUCGUUGUGGGGUUCCCCAGGGAUCGAACCUUGGUCCACUUUUGUUUUUAUUAUACGUCAAUGACCUGCCAAAUUGCUUGGAUAAAUCCUGUCCGGCAAUGUAUGCAGAUGAUACAAAUCUUACAGUAUGUUCAAAUAGCAUUAAUAAUUUGGAGGAAGCACUAAAUUCUGAAAUGAAAAAUAUUCACCAGUGGCUUCUUUCAAACAAGCUAACUUUAAACAUUGAAAAAACAGAAUAUACGAUCAUUGGAACCCGUCAAAGACUAGCUAAAAUUCAAAAAAAUACUAGCGUAUCAUGCGGGGGGAAAAUAUUGGAACAGGUUUAUUUCAAAAAGACUUUAGGUGUACUGAUUGAUGACAAUCUAUGUUGGAAUGAGCAAAUCGACAACAUCAGUAAAAAGGUAUCGAAGGGCAUUGGUAUGCUGCGCCGUGCAAAUCCACUCGUCUCUUUUGAAACUCUUAAAUAUAUUUAUCAGGCUUUAGUGCAACCGAGUUUUGAUUACUGCUCCAUGGUUUGGGAAACUAUGGCGAAGGUUCAAAAGAGAAGCUACAGGGACUACAAAACCGUGCGGCUAGAGUAAUCACAGGUGAUACCUAUGAAAUUCGCUCCACUGAUAUUUUAAAGAAAUUAAAUUGGAAAACACUCGAAGAGAGAAGAAAGGAGCAAAAAUUAGCAUAUGUGGCCAAAGCCCUUUCAAACCAAUGUCCUGAAAACGUUUCAACUAUGUUUAAAAUCUCAAAUUCUGAUAAAUAUAAUUUAAGAAGGCAAUAACAAGAUGCUGAUGUUGUCGAAGUCUAAAACAAAUUCAAUGAAAAGGGCAUUUGGAUAUGCUGCUGCUAAAGACUGGAACUAUAAUAGCAAAAAUUUUAAAUCUACUUAAUUCAUUUGUAAUAUAUAAAUUUAACGUAUCGCUUCGACCCAAACAUUUCUUAGUAUCUUUUAAUAUUUUUAUAAUAGUUUAUAUAAUAGUAUUUCGAGUUUUAAUUUGUAUUUAGUAACACGGCCUAAUGAAAAACAACCUUUAUAAUUUUUGUAAAUACUGAUAUGUCAUAUGGUUGAUUAGUUACCGUGUAUAAAGAUGUUGUAAUAAUAAUAAUAAUAAUAAUAAUAAUAAUAAUUCUCAUAUCACAUUACAGUAUACCUGAACCCGUGGAACUGUUUCGGCUAAAUUAAUACCCCUCACUUUCCACAAAAGCCCUUUCUGCAAUAAUAGUUGAAGGAUCUUGUUCAUGGAAAUUAUCGUGUGGAAAUUUACAUAUACAUUUACUAUAGACCUAUCACCAGGAACAGCUGCGAAAAAUGCAACUAUAGGUCCCUGGCAGGAAUCGAACCUGCUAUUGCGCUGCUAAUUAGUAAUUCCUGCCAGGCACCUAUAGUUGAAUUUUCGAAGCUGUUCCUAGUUAGAUCUGCUAAAUGUAUAUUAAUUUCCACACAAUAAUUUCCAUCAACAUAGCCCUUCAACUAUUAUCGAAUCGAAUAAGAUGCCAAGAAAAGCUUGAUAUUUUCCCAUAACAUGACCUUUCUCCUAUAUAUCCCUCUAAAUCAGGAAAGUAGCAGCUCCCAGUGCUUAAGGUUACAGAACACCUUUGAGUGUUAAUUUUGCCUAAAUUUUUUUUAUUGGUUUCAAUGAAAGCAUUAGACUAGUUCUACUAUCUGACCAAGUUUGAACGAAAAAUGUUGAAAACUCGCAGAGUUAUUUAAUAAAAUACAUUUCGCUGCAAUAAGAAAAACAUUGGAAAUGUAAUAUUCAAAUUCAAUUUUCUCCCGAAAAGUUUUACGGUGAUUACUGAUUUUCAAACGAGUUGUGCUCCUGCGGGUUUUAACCAAUUUUUCUCAAAUUUUCACAGGACAUAGCUAAAGACGUCAGUUUCAAAAUUGUGUUCGGCUUUUUUUUAAUUUUGGAUAUUUUAAAAAUAAAGAGCAAUUCACUCAAACAAUUCAGAAAUAUAUUGCAGUCGUCAAAGAAAUCGCCAUAUCAGCGGAAUGACGAAAUAAACAAAAAUUUCCGAACACAUUUUUUAGAACAACUAUUUUACUGUAUAAAAAUGACAUUUUCAUAAACAUAACUUAAAACCAGCAGGAGCACAACUCAAAAGCGUUACGGUACCACGAUUUAAGAUUUUCCUGAAUAAUUCUUACAUUAUUUUAUUGUUUGUUAAUUUUACAACUUUACCAUAUUUUGCAUGCACUGGAGAACAUUUGGUGAAAAUUUGAUGAAAAUCGGACUGAUAUUGAGCGCGCAGUAGCGAUUUUCCGCAAAACGCCAAAAAGGGUGUCAUGUAACCUUAAAUAAUUCAACCAACACUGAAACACAAACCUUAUAUAUAAUAAACAUCUUCCGUUCUCGCAUUUGUUUAGUACACCGUGGAUGCUGAUGUGCUGUUUAAAGAUUCAGUGGUUAAAUUACUUAAUGACUUUUGUAAUGAAAACUCACUUAGACCUCAAGAUUGUGGGGUAGAACAGUAAGUUCAUGAACCUUGUCACAUAUGAAAGUUACACAUUGUCACAAAACGGCCGCGGUUUCAAGCACAUCAAAUAAACAUAUAUACUGCAGACCCCUUAGCUUUUUUUCAAGAAAUUAUUUUAAUUGUGACUCUAUGACGACACAAAUGUCACAACAAUAUAUCAUGCUAGCUGCACGUUUAAAAAUCAUAAUUGUUAAAACUGUUUUCGUUUGGGCUAGAGAGAAUAGUUUGUGGUAAGGGUGAGAUUUUUAAUGGCAUAAACUCUCUAUAUUGGGAUUUAUAUAUUACAAAUACAUGAACUAUUUACCCCGAAUAAUUAUCAACGAUGCAUUUCAUAUUAUGUCUAUCUAGAAACCAGUUAUUCUUCAGUGAAUUAAACGUUAAACGGCUGCCCAGUUACCCCAGCAAUCAAGGAGAUGACGCGAUUAUCCGAUUCUACGUCUAUUAUCCAAGCAUUGUAAGGAAUGGCACUGUUGAUAAAGCUAUCUUAGCAUCUAUUGUGUCUGCCGAACUCCAAAAACUUCGAGAUCUGACCGGUUUCAACAUUACACUCAACACUCCAGUUACACCAGCAAGUCCGGGUACUCCGACGACUACUCAGAGAGAUAACGCAGUACAGCUUCUAAUAUCCAGUUUUUCAACAAGUCAGGUAACUAUGGUGUUGCAGUGUAUAGUUACGAGUCCAAAUCAAAAUAGUAGAUAUAUAGCAGAUGAUACAGUGUCUAUGCGUUAG